CAGGCGGCGGCGAUAUGGCGGGGCGGCGGGUGAACGUGAACGUAGGCGUGUUGGGUCACAUAGACAGCGGCAAGACGGCGCUGGCGCGGGCGCUGAGCACCACGGCCUCCACCGCCGCCUUCGACAAGCAGCCGCAGAGCCGCGAGCGCGGCAUCACGCUUGACCUGGGCUUCUCUUGCUUCGCGGUGCCGCUACCCGGCGCCGACGAGCCGUUGCUUCAGGUCACGCUGGUCGACUGCCCCGGGCACGCCUCCCUCAUCCGGACCAUCAUCGGCGGAGCCCAGAUCAUUGACCUGAUGAUGCUGGUCAUUGAUGUAACCAAGGGGAUGCAGACACAGUCUGCGGAGUGCCUCGUGAUUGGCCAGAUCGCCUGCCAGAAACUGGUCGUGGUGUUGAACAAAAUUGACCUCUUACCUGAAGGGAAGAGGCAGGCAGCAAUUGACAGAAUGACCAAGAAGAUGCAGAAGACCCUGGAGAACACCAAGUUCCAGGGUGCACCCAUUCUGCCUGUGGCAGCCAAGCCUGGGGGACCAGAGGCCCCUGACACCGAAGCUCCACAGGGCAUCCCAGAGCUCAUUGAGCUCCUGAAGUCUCAGAUUUCUAUCCCGACGCGAGAUCCCUCAGGACCAUUCCUCAUGUCUGUGGACCACUGUUUCUCCAUCAAGGGCCAAGGAACGGUGAUGACUGGGACCAUCCUCUCAGGCUCCAUCAGCCUUGGCGACAGUGUGGAGAUUCCUGCCCUCAAGGUUAGUUCUCCCUCGCCCUUUCUUUGGCCCUUCUCCAGCAGCCGAAGAAGGUCUGGUUCCUUGGCCUCCUCAGCUAUGGAACCUGCUGGGCUGCCCUGAGCCACAUUUGCCACUAGCUCUGCUGUAUCCUCUUCCUGCCUCUCUCCUUUUGGCUGCCCUGGCCUUCAGAUUUUAGGACUGCUGCUCUCCCUAAUUGUUAUAACAAUGCUUGUGUGGUGGAAGCCUGUGUGGCCAUCAGGAGGUUCCCAACUAGGUGAUCUAGACAAAGAAACUGAGGCUCCGGAAGACAAGGUGAGGUGGGCUUGGAGCACAGCACAUAGUCAGCUGUGAGGGUACUGGAGUCCUCCCUUUCUACAAGUCCUCUGGGUGGCUUGGUGGCAGGCACAGGUAGUACUUUUUUUUUGGAGCCCAGGCUGGCCUGGAACUUGCCAUCCUCCUGCCUCAGCCUCCCCAGUGCUGGAAUUACAGGCAUGACCACCAUGGGUACCUUUUUCUUAAGCAUAAGAAUUUCAAAUUACACACAGGUUGAAUAAUGGUAUUUAGAGUCAUUUCUUCCAGGAAAAAGCCAGAUCAUGUUGCACUUUCAUUGGCCAUGGCAGAUGCUCUGCAGCCUCUCUGAAGACCUGCAGGAGGAUGGACACCUGGGGUCUCCCUGUCACCUUGCUUUCUAGUGUCAUGACCUGGCUCUGUCUUAAAAGCUGUCCAGUGCUCUUGAUAGUCUUCUUAUUCAGAAGCCUUUUCUUAGCCAGGAUUGGUGGCUAUAAUCCCAUCAAAAUCCCAGCAAGUAAGGCAGGAGAAUUACAAGUUUGAGGCCAGCCAGAAGGCUUGGGUAUAACUCAAAGCUGCGUGCUUGCCUAGCAUGUUUAAGGUCCUGAGUUCCAUCCCCAGCACCACACACACACACAAAUACAAAUGCAGCUUUUCUUAUAGUUUCACUGUGCUAGAUAAGAAGGCAGAAUACCCCACUCCCCAGAGGGCAAACAAAGGUGGGAUCAGUGAGAACCAACAUCAUCUUUGUGGGAGGCUUUGGUCAGCACAGUCUUCAAUCUCCAAAGGAGCCCAGUACAGAUAGAUGGAGGUGCUAGAUGGGGUGUUGGAAGGCAGUUUGGGUGCAGGCUGGGGUGUGGGCACCUGGAACACAGUGCUGGUGGAUUAGUCAGGAUUCUCUGAGAAAUAGGACUGAUAGGAGGUUCAGACAUUUUAGUAUGUGUGUCCACAGGUAUCUCAAUGUCCAUGCCCUGGAGAGCUCUGGCUGGUCCACCUGGUAUUCCAUGUGCAGAGAUAAAUGGCUCUGUAGUGUAAGGAGUUGGCUCACACAGUUAUGGAGCCUGGGAAGUUAACAAUUCUCAGGGAAGGCUGCAGAAUGGAAACCCAUGGGGCAGUUGCAGUUAGAAGGCCAUCUGGCAGAAUUCCUUCAGCUUUUCAAAGUCACCUGCAUAAAUAUUAAUCAUGCAAAAACACCUUUACAGAAAUAUCCAACAGGAGUAGAGGAACAAAUCAAGUGGUAGAGAGCCUGUUUUGCAAGCAUGAAGCCCUGAGUUCAAACCCCAGUCCUGCCAAACAACAACAGCAGAAAAAAUACCAAAGAGAACAACACAGAAACAUCCAGCAUAAUUGCUGAUAACGUGUGUGGUCACUGUGGCCAGCCAUGCCACUGAGUGAGCAGCCAUAGCAGCAGCACUACCCUGGGUAAGGGAGGAACAGGGGCCCUGGAGGUACCCGUACCUUGAGUGCUAUCUCUGUUCUGGAGCAGCAUGGUUGGACAUAGGGAAGGGGCAUGUUAAAGGGACAGGGAUGAGCAGGGCUCCCUAGAUGAAGGAAAUUUUGGUACACCUCCAUGGUGUUGCUUUCUCUGUGGGGGCAUUAGGGAAGAGUCCCCUCACCAGGAAGGACCAACACCCCCUGCCCCCACUACAAAAAUAAAAAGAGACCAGGCCCUGACCAGGUUCCAGGGCCUCGUGUGUAUGGCAGUGGGACUCAGAUGGCAAGACCCUGUUCCCCAAGGGUUAGAACCUGCCCUAGACACUCUACUCCCCACUAUUAUAGCUCCUCCUGAGAAGAUCCAGGAAGAAGGCCACAUAAACCAAAUACUAAACAAGGGCUAAAAGUACAAAUGAUAGAAACUAAAGCAAAAGUUAAGAAAAUAAACUAAAUCUAUAGUUAAAAAAUAAGAUUGCAGUUGGGCCUGUCUUGGUUGGAACAGAAAGUAAAUCAAAGCUAAAUUUCUUACCAUCCCCUGUAUCCCCUAAAUGUUUAUUAAGGCCACUCUGACCAGGCAUCCCAUCCACCCUAGGAGAAGAUGCAUUGGGUAGGAAAGAAAUGUGAGAAGAAGGUUCUGAGGGGUGGACUUUGAUCAGAGCACCAAGGCUCUUAAAGGAGGGAAGGGCUUUGGAUAACAGGGCCAGUGCUGACAUGCUAAAACCAAGGGCAUGAAGGAUUGAACUAAAGGUAGGCAUCAGUGGGAGGCAGACGGGUAUGUCUUCAGGUCUCUGGUCACCUUUUCAUCUUUACAAAGGUGCAGCUUGCCUGUCAGCAAGCCACUUAGUGAUCCAUAGCUCUUGGACAUACAGCAGGUGCUUGGCAGAUACAAAUUUAAUUCUCUUGCUUUUGUGUACCUGUCUUCCCUCAACCCUCUUGGUGUCUAUUACUGCCUGAUUCUUGAAUUUACUAAGCAAGAAAAACAGAAUUUGUAAGCAGCAUAAUUGGAAAAUUGGCUGAGGAGAUUUCUAAGCAGAGUGUGUAAGGUGCAGCCUUGUUUCUCUUUUCUGCUUAAAAUCAAAUGUGAGGGGAAAGAAGUGAAUUGAGGAAGGAAUUGUCAACAAAGCAGAACCAGCACUUGAUGAUUGAAGUGGGAAGUUCCCAGCCUUUCCAGAUAGCAAAGGGUGCUAAAGUUAGGAAACUCACUGUUGAGAAAGUGUGUUCUGGGAAGGUGGGUGAGGCCGGACACCUGUUGUUGAAGAACUUAGUAUCAAGCAUCUGAGCUGAGCCAGGAGCAGAGAUGGACUUACCUGGGAAGGGCAUGUGGAGAACCUUUUGUGUAAUGGCGUGGAUCCCUGUAUGUACAUGUACCCCUCAGGAAGAAGGGUUUUUGCAGAUGUGAUUAAGGUAAGGAUGAUGUCCUGGAUUGGGGUGAGCUCUGAAUCCAGUGACAAGUGUCCUGGUAAGAGACGGAAGAAGGGACAACAGGGACUCAUAGAAGAGUUCACAUGGAGACAGAGGAAGAGGUGUAGCCCGGGGUUGCCAGCAGCCACUGGACAGGAGAGGUAUGUGGCAGGCUUUCUGUAGUGCCUUGGGUACCAACCCUGCUGACAAGCAUAUUUGAACUCUGGCCUCCAGAACUGGAGGGAAAUUUUUGUCUCAAGCUGUCGUGUUUAUAGUCAUUUGUGACCAAAGUCCUAGGUUUUUGGAUGGAUGUGACUGGUGCUAGAAAAGGCCUGAAUUUCUUUUGAUCUUGGUCAGUCUCUUGGGCAGACCCCCUGGGCUUUGACUUUGCUGGGAGGAGUCAUGCUCCAGCUCGCCCUGGCCAGGAAGCACAUGCUAGCAUGCUAAGGUUUGCAGACCAAUGCUAGCGUGAGAGCUGUGCCAUACUACCUGCAGCCAGAUUGGAUGCAUGUGAGAACCCAGGCUCAGGACCCUAAGCAACUGCACUGCAGGCCCAGGAUCUAAACUCACUCAUCCCAGUCCAAGGAUACCACACUGCUUCUGGAAUCUGGGCGUGGGUGGGGUUUGCUGGUGGGGUCCUCUCCGUCUGGAUUGGACCCAAGCAGCAAGUGGGUAUGCUGGAGCCCUUGCUGAGAUCUCUAGGGCUGCAGUGGGCAGAAACAUGAGCUUCAGGCCUCCAGACCUCUCACCCUAGCUUCCACUAGCAAGCCUGGGGCCAGUGCCUGUCAGACCUGAGGACAUCGCAGGCCAUGGCCCUCUUUCCAAGCAUGGUGACAUCCUAUCAGAUUUCACUAAUAGACUCUGACACAUGUGACCGCUUGAACUCCCUCAGAGGCAGGCCACAGCCAUUCCAAAUAAACAGUCACCUUCCCUUCUUGGCCAGGCAGCCUGCUGGGGCUGCUGUACCCUAGCCCCUGUUUCUGCUGCCCACGUUCAUUCCCAGCUGGGGAUGAUUAGCUCAGUGAGGAAAUGUAGAACAGAGAGUGAAUGAAUGAUGAGAAAAAUCCCAUUUAGACCCAGAAUGUUGUAAAUAUCAAGCAUCCUGACAUUUGCCAUCUUUCUGCCAGCUCUCAGCUUCCUUGACCCUUAGCCUGAAAAAUGCCUCUGAUGAGACUUGGCCUCAGGGCUCUAGGCUAGUGAUGCUCCUGGUGGUUAUUGGCUAUCAGGGUUGUAACAUCAGAAACUGUCAGAGCUGCAGACCAGGGAGAGAAUGAGCAGGGCAGGGAGUUGAGGAGACUCACACCUGGCAUUUCCAGCUUUGUGGCCACAGGCAAGCUUCUCAGCCUCACUGUGCUUCAUUAAUUCAGCACAAAGUGAGGAUGAGUCUGUGUGCUUGGUUCUGUCCAGACUGUGGGCGAUGGGUAGAGGGGUGAGACAUGGACUGAGGAUAGUGAUCGCAAAGCUCAUGGCACCAAGAGACAAUGCAGCAGGUCUUAGCUGGUACUCUUGUCAUCUUGUGGAACUUCUGUUGCAGGCUCCAGAAGUAAUAAAUAGCAGGGUUCUUUCCUGGCUUAGGGAAAAGGUUGUUUCAGGGCCUCAAAUGAGCUAUUGACAUAAAAUGUGCUUCACAGCCCUAGUGGUCUGCUGUGAAUCAGCCAGUGGUCUGAUGAUUAUGGUGAAUAUUAGUAGGUAUAUCUAGAUACCUGUGCAGCUGAUAAAGUUCAAGUUGAGUCCAUAUUCAGAUUUACUUUCUUCUUCAUUAAGAAACCCCAGAAAGGAACAAGAAGAUCAUAAAUACUGUGAAGAUUGUUGUUUUUACCUUUGCCUGUUCUCUUGCAAGCUGGUCACAAGAGUGACACAAGAUUAUGACAUCUGGAAAGAAUCCAUUUUCUUGCCCUUGCCCCACCUCUAGCAGUGCUCCAUGUUCUCUUCCCAGAGGCACAUCCAGCUUCUUACCUUGAGCCUUUUUACGCCCUCCCUACCAGGAGUGUGCUCUUAUCCUUGUGAAUUCCUUCACACCUCUAGACUGUGGCAGGUCUCCCUGCUUUGUGGUGUUCCUCCCCAGCCUGUGGGCCUGUAAGCACUGUGCCAGCAGUGUGUGUGUUGUGGUAUCUUUCGCUUCCGGGUUUCCAUGGGCAGUGGCCUCCCUGCUGUCCAUUGCUGUCCUCAGCACCCAUCCUAGGGCUACCCCAGAAGGUAUGUGGUGAACAGAAUAGCAGGAAAAAAGCCAAAACAGCAAAUAAACAGCUUGGUUUUUAGGAAGCAUUUGAGUGGAGGUGGACAGUGGGUGUCCUGGAGGAUGUGUUUGGAGUAGCUAUCCUCCAUGGGCCCAGAUGCAGAAACCCUGUGCUGGGCAGCUUCCUUCCUGCAGGGUCCAGUCCCCACCUAGAGCCUGUGUCCUGAUGCUUCGUCACUUAGCAGCAGGGGGGCUGUGCCCUGUGUCACCAUUGGGCCUUGUAUGGAAGGAGAAAUUGUGAUCCCAUGCCCAGGACUAGAAACUGGCUAUCAGGGCUAAGCUCCCUCUGCCUCUGUUUUUCACCUAAAGAAUGUAGGCUGGCCUUCAUCCUUAACUAUUUCCUAUUUCAUAAGAGACAUAGAGGAAGACAGGCUUUUUGUGAAUUCAGUGUGUUUGUGGUUGUUUGGCCUUUGCGAGUGAAAAGUUGUAGGUGUCUGUACCUACAUGUGCCAGGUGCAGGGCCUUGGUGCUCCUCGCUGGCCCCAGUGGAGCGGGCAGAGCAGGGGAGAGGCAGUGGAGGAAAAUGAUUUGGAGAAGCUGGGGAAGCUGUGUGUGAGCAGUUCAGGCCUCCUUUUGUGGUCAGCUGGGCAGACCAGGGCUCCACUCCUGGUUGAGUUCCCCAGUGGGUCACUGCCACCAUACCUGCUUCUCUCCUUGCCUCUGCAUCUUGAACCCAACCCAACUGCUGACAGAAAGACCGUGAAGAGCCAGGCUGUGUCUGGACCACUGUCCUGCUCAGCUGUGUGUGGCUCUCCAGUGAAUCUAGGAUGAAACUGUGCUUCUCAUGGGUUCUCAGGGCAUAGAAGGUGAUUGUGAGCUCUUCUUCUCAGCUCUCCAAGCUCUGUAGCAUCCCAGAACCAUGGUUCUCAGUGUAUUAGGCAGGACUCGGAGGCAAGUGAGAGAAACCCAACUCUGCUGGCCUUUGACAGGAUGGGAGUAACCCUGUGCCCCUUUUCAGACUUGGCUAUGCCUUGUGAUGUGGGGGCCCCUCUCCAUGGCUUAAUCCCCCCAGCUCGGACUUCUCAUUUUUUCACGUUCAAACUGGGGUGCCACAUUCCUUGUGAUUAGCCCUAACAUUGCACUAUCCCAGAGGGCCAAUGCAGUCAAUGGGGAUACCCGUCUUGAUCAUAAUCUGUUACUGUGCUGUGGUGAGAUGUGAAGGGGAGUAUCUGGGAGCUUAGGAAACUAAUCCAAGAAAUCAGCUGUUCUCAAGAACAGGGGCCCAGAAGUGGAGCCUGAACCCCCAGGCUGCUGUAGAGCUACCCUCCUCAGAACUGGGUCAUGACAGGCGAUGUCUCUUGCCCUCUCAAGCUGGGCGUCUGUUCCUUGGGGCCUAGUAUCCUGAGUGACAGGAGUGAAUGCUUUUUCCUACUAGCUGUUGGAACACAGUGCAGGAGGAGCUCUGUGGCUUGGCUGGCAGGAGUCCACCCCUGUGGCCAAGUCAGUACAGCAACCUGAGUAGAUGGGCUGCGGUACAUUUCCACCCUAGAGGGCAGGGCUUGGGAGAGGUGUGCCCUGAGAAACUUGGGACACUGUCACUGGAAAGUGCUCUUGGGCAGGUGAGGGGGAGUGUCUACCAUUUAGUGUUUCUGUGUGUCCACACCUUCACAGCUCAGGCUCUGGACACAGAGAGACUACAUAUGAGGCCAUCCUACCAUUCCCUUGGGGGAGCCACACACAUCAUCUCACGGGCAAUGAGAUCCAAUCAGUGUGCCUGCAGAAGGGCCUGCAGCUGAGGCUCACUGUCCCUGUUGCUGUCC